AUGACUCAAAUAUUUGUAGCGAAACACGGAACUGUUCGAGCAAUCUUGCGCGGGAAGAGAUCCAUGGUUUUGACAGAGUUAUGGCGUGGUGAAUCAGCUAUGCGUGAUGAGUGGCGAGCCAUUUUAAUGAGUAUUGACGACAAGACUGUCGAGCAAGCCUCGAGGCUUGCGGAAAGUAUGGUAUAUAAGUUGCAUUCGGGCCUCGUGCACAUGGUUCUGCACCCAGUCAUUCCUGACAAUAUCUACUACGAAAACGUUGAAGGGAGCAACAAGGACAGGUCGAGAUGGGAAACAGCCAUUGCGUAA